AUGGACGGCGAAGGCAGCAGUGGCGUCAACGGGCGGGUCGUCGUACCUACCGGUGGCGCGCGGAGGAACCAGCACCAGGGGAACAGCGGAUCGCGACCAGCGCCUGCCUGCCUCACGGCGACCGUUCUGCCUUGCGACGAUGCUACGAAGGCCGAGUUCGCGCAGGACUGGAAGGACCUCGAGCAGGAGGACCUCUCGUCUGCGGACUACUACUUCAACUCCUACGCCCACUUUGGUAUCCACGAGGAAAUGAUUAAAGACUCCGUCCGCACAGGGUGUUACCAGCGCGCGAUCUGCCAGAACGCGCACUUGUUUGCGAACAAGGUGGUUUUGGACGUGGGCAGUGGGACGGGGAUUCUCUGUUUGUUUGCGGCGAAGGCGGGCGCGAAACACGUGUACGGGAUCGAGUGCAGCGAGAUUGUAAACAUCGCGCGGAAGAUCGUGAAGGAGAACGACUUGGAGGACCGUAUCACCUUCAUUCAGGGCAAAGCCGAGGAAGUCACGCUGCCAGUCGACAAAGUCGACAUCAUCAUCAGCGAGUGGAUGGGCUACUUCCUCCUCUACGAAAGCAUGCUGGACACUGUUCUCUACUGCCGCGACAAGUGGCUGCGCUCCGGCGGCCUCGUUUUUCCCGACACCGCUGCGCUGUACAUCGCCGCCAUUGAAGACGCAGACUACAAGGAGGAGAAAAUCGGCUACUGGGGUAACGUCUACGGCUUCAACUUCUCGUGCGUGCGCCGCUGCGUCAUGGAGGAGCCCAUCGUGGACACCGUCGACGAGAACGCGGUCGCGACGACUUCCUGUUGCGUCUUGAAACUCGACUUGGCGACUUGCACGAAGGAGGAUCUGGACUUCUGUGCGCCUUAUCAAAUCACCUUGAGACGCAAGGAUUUCCUGCAUGCCUUCAUUGCGUGGUUUGACGUCUGCUUCUCUCAGUGCCACAAGCCCGUCGUGUUGAGCACAGGCCCGCACUCGCGCUACACGCACUGGAAGCAGACUGUGUUUUACAUGGAGGACGUGUUGGUGGCGGACGCUGGCGACAAAGUCGAGGGUAUGAUUGCUGUCAAGAAGAGCCGCAAGAAUCCGCGCGACCUGGAUAUCAAGAUUUCUUACGCUUUCAACCCCAAGCACUCGACCAAGGCGCUCGAAAACACGCAGUUCUACAGGCUGCGAUGA